AUGCUAACCGAUAUCCUUAAAUCUUCCUUCCAAAAUUACACGCUCGAUAAGGUGUUCUGGUCUUUUGUCGAGUUCUGGAUUGCAUGGCAAGUAUCUGGGUGGAUAUGGAUGCGUUGGAAUUGCCCGAAAGGAGUCUAUAUCGGUGGCACCUCACCACUUUACGGAAGCUGGCUUACCAGCCUUGAAUUUGUCGUCGAUGGCGCUGGUAUCAUUGCAGAUGUCUACCACAGACUUGGCAGGAACCACUCCGCAUUUGCUAUCCCAGCUUUGGGCGAGUAUCAGACACUGGUCACGACGGAGACGCAUAUCAGAGAACUUGGAAGAUGUACCGAGCAUAUCCUAUCUUUCAAUGAGGCCAUGGACCAGAGACUAAGAUACAAAUAUACUAUGUUCGGGUUCGACGAUAACGGGAUCGACCCGCAUCAUAGCCUCGUUACGCGAGUUCUCAAGGUCUGUCUGCGAACCGCCGUCCCUACGCUGCAGAUUGAAUUGCAAUCGCCGAUACGUAUGACAAUGCGAAAGACGAUUUCAGAGUCCCUGGCCGCGGUGGGAUCGCCAGGCUGGAAGCAAGUCAACGCUGUAUCUCUAGCCAGGGAGGUCACGAAUCGCGUUAACAACCACGUCCUUGUGGGCGAAGAUCUUGCUGCGAACCCCGGUUUCCACAAGGCCUCGCUCCGUUAUAACCAGGAUGUUGUUAUUGCGAUGGAGCUCUGCAGACAUGUUCCGUCACUGCUUGUCCCGGUCGUGGCGACUGCGACGAUGGGGUGGAGUGGCGCUAUGAAACAGGUAGCUGGCUACCUGACCGGUUCGAUUGAAGAGCGUCUCCUCGAAGCCGCUGAUCGAAAGCAUGUCAAGAAGCGGUGCGAUGGUAUCCAAUGGGUCAUGGACUGUUCGCGGACACCCGCGCAGCAGACGGUACUGAGAAUGGUACAACAGACGAUUGCCCUAAUGUUUGCCUCAGCUCAUCAGAUACCAAUGGCGCUUAUCUAUGCGAUCUACAAUCUGUGCAUCUACCCCCAGUAUAUCGAGCCUCUCCGGAGGGAGAUCGAACAGGUCCAACGGACGAAAAAAUUUGAGGAACAAUUCAACCACAUGCCUUUGAUGGAGGGCUUUCUCAGAGAGUCGGGUCGCUUGAAUCCCCUUGAUGCGUUGAGUAUCCAGCGAAAGGCCCUGAACCCGUAUUCAUUCUCUGGAAAUGGGCCACAUCUUGCGGCUGGGAGCUUGGUUGCCGUUCCUCAGGAAGCCCUCAUGAGAGAUUCGACGCUCUAUGCCAAAGCUAAUAAGUUUAACGGUUUUCGAUUUGUGGUUUUUGACGAGAAGAAUGAGCAGGGGGAAACUAUUCCAAGGGCUUGUCCGAAGUUCACCGAUGUUAGUUGGAAAUAUCCCUACUGGGGAUCCGAGAAGCGAGCCUGUCCCGGGCGAUGGUAUGUCUCGAGAGUCCUCAAGCAGAUCCUAAUGAACCUGAUCAUGGACUACGACUUCAAAUUGGCUCAGGAUGACAGCCCUGCCAGCUUUAUUUGGACAACAGCAAUUGUGCCUCACCAUCGUAUGACUGUUUUGAUGAGAGAGAAAUAG